AUGUCUGUUGAUCUAGAUAACUCCAAAGAAAGUAUUACUGUCUCCUUGCUUGCGGAUUCCAUACCAGUAGAGUCCUCUGCUGCAUCUAGCGGUUACGAUGUUGGAAGCACCUCAUCACUUAACGCUGGUGUCGAAACUGCUUUAAAAAGCAAAAAGAUCACUACUAUGAAUAUAGCCAACGAUAAUAAGAAAAAUGGUAAUUCUGAAAUAAAAUCCACUGCAAAAAGUGAAAGUGAUUUCUUGUCAAUUGAUGAUCUCAAAUCGAUGAAGUUGAUGAUAAGUGAAAUUCCAAAGAUUUCGGGAAAUAAUUCAUCCCUUAAAAAAUUUAAAUUAGAAAUUGAAGAGUCGAUUAAUAAACUUAAAAGCGCUUCGUUGACAACCUCAAAUAACUUUCCAACAUUUGAUUGGGAAAAAAUUGGAAAGAUAUAUGAUGAAAUUUUUGAGGAUUACGGGCGUGAAAUGGAAUCAAUUGACAUGGAAUUUAAGGAAUUAGAGCAUGAAAGAUCCAUGUGGAUCAAGGCAGCAUUAUAUAUUGAUGAUCGUAAGGCCUUACAAAGAAUUCAACAAAGGGCCGAAUGGAUGGAUCAAAAGGAAUCACAGGUAAACUAUAACCGUCAACAGUUGAUUAACUCUGUUGGUAUCAUAAAGAAUGCAAUUUGUGGUUUACAAACUGUGGAGAAGAAAUGA